CUUUCCACAUCAGGAAGGAGGAAGACGCUCCCCGCACCACGGCCCCAGCCGCAGCCGCAGCCGCGCUCCCUGCACCGCAGCCCGGGUGAAGUGAGUGGGAGGCGCCGCUCUGCUCCCCGCCUCCGCCGCUCCUCCGUCCAUCCUGUCCGGGACCCCCAGCGCGGUGGGAUGAGUUUUCUCGGCUUGAAGCGGAGUUUUAAGAGAAAAGACAGCCAGCAAGAUGCUGGGCAAGCAAGUGACGCCCCCAAGAGUCCGGAUUCCCCGAGCCGGCUGUCAGUCAUAAACAGCCCAGACCUGGAUCCAGUCAUCACAAACUUCAAGUUACAGCUCCCAGGCAGUGAAGAUACUCUGGGUUCAACAAAUCCAUCGAAUGGGUGCUCACAGUCCAGCCUGUCGCUGUCUCUGGAGGACUGCAUGGCUGCUCUGGAUCUGUUCCACAGGAACGACUUUGAGGGGGCGCUGGCCCGCCUCCGAUCCAAAGCCAAAGACAGCAUGUACCAUGCACUGACCUACGCCACCAUUUUAGAAAUGCAGGCCAUGAUGACCUUUGACCCCGAUCACAUCUUGGCUGCAGGAAACACCAUGAAGGAGGCACAAGCCAUCUGUCAGCGGCACCGCAAGAAGUCAAGCUUCUCAAAAACCUUUACAGAAGAGGAGCUCCAUGCUGAGGUUUGCUAUGCUGAAUGUCUCCUGCAGAGGGCAGCACUCACCUUCCUUCAGGAUGAAAACAUGAUCAGUUUCAUCAAAGGAGGGAUCAAAGUGAGGAACAGCUAUCAGACGUACAAAGAGCUUCACACUGUUCUCCAGUCUGCUGGAUACACUCACAGUGACAACCAUGGCCAUUUUGAAGGUGGUGUUAAAUUGGGAGUGGGAGCAUUCAAUCUGAUGAUUUCCAUGUUGCCCACGCGGACACUGAAGUUACUGGAGUUCGUUGGCUUCUCUGGAAAUAAGGAGUUUGGUCUCCAGCAGCUUCAGGAGGGAUCUUCAGAAAGCACAUUUAGGUCCUUCUUAUGUAACAUGCUACUGCUCUGUUAUCACACAUUCAUGAGCUUCAUUCUAGGAACUGGAGAAGGAGAUGUUGACGAUGCAGAGAAACUGCUUCAGCCUUACCUGAAAAAAUAUCCAAAGGGAUCAAUCUUUUUGUUUUUUGCUGGUCGAAUAGAAGAGAUUAAAGGCAACUUGGAUGCAGCUAUCAAGCGUUUUGAGGAGUGCUGUGAGGCGCAGCAGCAGUGGAAGCAGUUCCAUCACAUGUGCUACUGGGAACUGAUGUGGUGCUUCACGUACAAGAGGCACUGGAAGAUGGCCUACUUCUACGCUGACCUCCUCAGCAAGGAGAACGCUUGGUCCAAGGCUACUUAUGCAUAUAUGAAAGCUGCCUACCUCAGCAUGCUGACUAAGGAUGACUGCCUAACCUUCGGGGAGACUGAACUCACUCUUUUCAGGCAGGUCCCAGGUCUGAAGCAGAAAAUAGCAGGAAAAUCACUACCCACUGAGAAGUUUGCAAUCAGGAAAGCUCGCCGCUACUUUGCAGAAAACCCCAUUCCUCUUCCUGCUCCCCCACUGGAGAUGAUGUACAUCUGGAACGGCUACACAGUCAUUGGAAAACACAAAGACCUGACUGAAGGCAUGCUGAAAACUCUGGAUGAAGCGCAAGCUAAACUUGAAAGCAUCCCAAGAACAGAGUUCUCCAUCGAUGAUCAGUGUUUGCUGAGCCUCUUGAAGGGACUGUGUCUCAAACACCUGGGACACCAAGAGGAAGCAGAGCACUACUUCACCCUGGUUCUCUGCAAUGAGACUCAGAUCAAGUAUGACCACUAUCUGGUUCCUAAUGCCCUCCUAGAGCAUGGUCUACUUUGUCUGGAGCAGGGCCGAAGAGAUGAAGCCAUCAAACUGUUAGAAACAGCAAAGCAAAAUUACAAAAACUACUCAAUGGAGUCACGGACACACUUCCGUAUUCAGGCUGCUCUUCAAAAGGCCAAGGGCACCGGGGAGAAUGGCAUUCACGUACCCUCCAGCCCAUAACAGACAGAGGAGGGCACACUUGGACAGAGACAGCUUUCUGCAGUCCCACAAUGCAAACCUCAGAACAGACAUGCCCCGCCUGUCUGGCUGGGUGUUUUUUCUUUCUUUCUUUUUUUUCGUCAAGUAUUGGGGAAGAGGGAGGCUUUAUUUGUCUCUAGUGUGCCAACCUUGUGGGCUCCUGCAACUUACUGUGGCCUUGACUGGUCUAAGCGGAUUUGCUCUGCCUCUUCCAGAGAUAUGUUACAAAAAAAAAAAUCUUCACUUGUGGUUUAAAAUAGAGACUAAUAGAAAAAUGUGCCUAUAUUUAUGAAAUGUUGCUUUUAGCAGGCUUAUUUGUCUUGCACUACUAGAGUAGAAAAAACAAGGUCAGAUUUGGGUCGUCUAUACUUCAGAUUAUCUACACUAUAUCUGAAUAAAAAUGGGCCGGGUCCCAGGAUGCACUGAAGUUGGACACGAUCAAGCUGGAGUACCAUACAUCCUUCAUCCGAAUGACUGACACUAAAUCCACUCAGCCAGCAACACCAUUUGACCUUGUUGGUUCAAAACCUCCCCACUAUUUGGUGAAUUGACACAAGAGGGUAUUGCUUUUCCUUUUCUUACACAUACAGGAUGAUAUAUUCAUUUCCUUUUUUUCUUUCAAUUAAACACCAAGUGCCAGAUGACAAAGAAACCGUAAAAGGCCCACAUAACAUCUCUUUUCACUAAAGUGCUUAUUUACAGGCUGUAUGGAUUCAAAGGAUUAAUUAGAACAUUAUGAUGAAUGGGGUACAAUGAUACAAGCACACAACAUUACAGAUGAUUGGCAUUAACACUAAGGUGUUGACAUACUCUAUACAAAAUUGAAUGAAUUAGAAAGCAAUACUGAACUGUGGAGUUUCCUCUUUACACAAUAUGAUUGAAUCUGUGGGAUUGUUAGAGUGUGUGAGCAUUUAAUUGCGUAUUUUACUCUUUUUUUGUCUUUCCAUAAAAUGUAUUGAAACAAUGAAAAACCUUUAUUUUAAUGGAACACUUUUAUCCUGUGUCUUUCUGAAAAAUGAUCACAUCUGAAAUCCUGAUGUGUGUACAUUUACAUUAUGAGGCUUUUGCACACCGCUUUGUAAAAACCAGCCAUUGAAACAAACUCUCCAGAGGAUAAAGAAAAAAAAGACUGUAAAACUUGCCAUGGGAGUUGUUCUUUACAUUUAUAUACUGCAAAUGGCACCUUUUACACAAAUUGUCCUGUUUUAAGAGGACAGAUGAAUGUGUCUUUUAGAAAGGCAGACUUCCUCCUUUUUUCCUACUGGUGUGUGGGACAGGCUCCAGAAGCACUUGAGCCUAAACAAACAGGCUAUUCACAAUGACCAGUGAGAGGAUGCGUGCUGAUUUGCCUGCUGCAUGUUUAGUAGUUGAAGGAGCUCUGACCCAUUACAACCACUACAAUCUUCCUGUUUCAAAAACAGCCUCCUCUGCUCUUGUAUUCAGGCUACAUCCCUAAAAAUACCAGUAGAAAUACCUAAAUUUAUGUUUUCUGUUCUGAAUCAAAUAAAGAUGUAGGACCACCUGUAAUAAAAGCAAUGUUUAAGUAAUUGGAAAGACUGUGCACCUGCAACAGGGAAUUCAGCACCUACAAACUCAGAUGGUGUCUCAUGUUUGAAUUAGAGCACUACUGAUUUAUUCAUGAUUAGAGUUAGCUUUGGGAAUCAAGAUGAUGAGUAAGAGCCAGUUGCUUUUUCUUUCUUUCUUUGUUUUUUAUGGUGUAGGAAAUAGUCUUAUUCUAACAGCAGUUGCUUCCCUGAAAAUUCCAGUCACAAAAACAGUUUGCUUUAUAAUAAUCAAGCUAAUGUUUCUUUUUAGCUUUUAGUUUAACACAUGUACCCAGAAAAUAUUCUAACCAAAUUCAGUGGCAUUUGCAAUGUUUACAAUCUGCGUAUGAUCCUGGGCAUGGCUACCACUGAACAGUAUGACAUUCUUGUACAUACUGAAUGUUUCUGUUGUAAUUUAAGAUGAAAUGAUGAAAAGCAACUAAGUAUUCCA